CAAAGAGGCUACACUUCAGCUUUUAUAAACUCUAGAGAGAUUAUUUAGCGAACACGACACAACUCCUGCCUUUAUUCAUUAUAUCCUGGCUCUUGACUGUCAAUUCCUCUGUGAAAGCGAUCAGGAAUAGCGGACUUUUAACGUGUUCAUAUGUAAACAGGCCUGAUGGAGGAGACACACCGUCAUGAGAAAAUCAUAGAAAAUAAACACUCACUGAAGAGAAAAGGCAAGAAAUGCGUCACCUGCACUCAGUGUGGAAUAAGUCUGUUUAACAAACGGAGUCUCGGAUAUCACAUGAUGAUCCACACCGGAGAGAAACCAUUCACAUGUUCUCAGUGUGGGAUGAGUUUCAGACACCCAUCAAACCUUGUUAAACACAUGAAGAUCCACACUGGAGAGAAACCACACAAAUGUGAUCAAUGCAGCAAAACAUUUUUGAUGGCUUCAUACCUGAAGAGACACCUUACAGUUCAUACAGAGGAGAGGCCUUAUUCAUGCACUGUGUGUGGGAAGAGUUUCAGACAUCCAGAUGGUUUAAGAGAUCAUCAGAAGAUCCACACCGGUGUGAGAGAGCAUAUUUGCUUGGAGUGUGAGAAGACCUUCAUUACGGCUGUAAAAUUGAAAAUACAUGAGAGAAUUCACACUGGAGAGAAACCUUACAAGUGUUCACACUGUGCCAAGAGAUUCAGUAUAUUAGGAAGCCUGAAAACACAUGAGAGAAUUCACACUGGAGAGAAACCUUACAAGUGUUCACACUGUGACAAGAGAUUCAGACUGUUAGGAAGCCUGAAAACACAUGAGAGAAUUCACACUGGAGAGAAACCUUACACCUGUUCACACUGUGACAAGAGAUUCAGUAUAUUAGGAAGCCUGAAAACACAUGAGAGGAUUCACACUGGAGAUAAACCUUACAAGUGUUCACACUGUGCAAAGAGAUUCAGUAUAUUAGGAAGCCUGAAAACACAUGAGAGGAUUCACACUGGAGAGAAACCUUACAAGUGUUCACACUGUGACAAGAGAUUCAGACUGUUAGGAAGCCUGAAAACACAUGAGAGAAUUCACACUGGAGAGAAACCUUACACCUGUUCACACUGUGACAAGAGAUUCAGUAUAUUAAGAAGCCUGAAAACACAUGAGAGGAUUCACACUGGAGAGAAACCUUACACCUGUUCACACUGUGACAAGAGAUUCAGUAUAUUAGGAAGCCUGAAAACACAUGAGAGGAUUCACACUGGAGAGAAACCUUACAAGUGUUCACACUGUGACAAGAGAUUAAGUAAAUUAGGAAACCUGAAAAGACAUGAGAGGACUCACACUGGAGAGAAACCUUACAGGUGUUUACACUGCGACAAGAGAUUCAGUGAUUCAAGGAAUCUGAAAAUACAUGAGAGGAUUCACACUAGAGAGAAACCUUACAGGUGUUCACACUGUGCCAAGAGAUUCAGUAUAAUAGGAGGCCUGAAAACACAUGAGAGGACUCACACUGGAGAGAAACCUUAUACAUGUUCACACUGUAACAAGAGAUUCAGUAUAUUAGGAAACCUGAAAAGACAUGAGAGGACUCACACUGGAGAGAAACCUUACAAGUGUUCACACUGUGAAAAGAGAUUCAGUGAUUCAAGGAAUCUGAAAAAACAUGAGAAGAUUCACACUGGAGAGAAACCUUACAAGUGUUCACACUGUGCCAAGAGAUUCAGUAUAUUAGGAAGCCUGAAAACACAUGAGAGGAUUCACACUGGAGAGAAACCUUACAAGUGUUCACACUGUGACAAGAGAUUCAGACUGUUAGGAAGCCUGAAAACACAUGAGAGAAUUCACACUGGAGAGAAACCUUACACCUGUUCACACUGUGACAAGAGAUUCAGUAUAUUAGGAAGCCUGAAAACACAUGAGAGGAUUCACACUGGAGAGAAACCUUACACCUGUUCACACUGUGACAAGAGAUUCAGUAUAUUAGGAAGCCUGAAAACACAUGAGAGGAUUCACACUGGAGAGAAACCUUACAAGUGUUCACACUGUGCCAAGAGAUUCAGUAUAUUAGGAAGCCUGAAAACACAUGAGAGGAUUCACACUGGAGAGAAACCUUACAAGUGUUCACACUGUGACAAGAGAUUCAGACUGUUAGGAAGCCUGAAAACACAUGAGAGGAUUCACACUGGAGAGAAACCUUACAAGUGUUCACACUGUGACAAGAGAUUCAGACUGUUAGGAAGCCUGAAAACACAUGAGAGGAUUCACACUGGAGAGAAACCUUACACCUGUUCACACUGUGACAAGAGAUUCAGUAUAUUAGGAAGCCUGAAAACACAUGAGAGGAUUCACACUGGAGAGAAACCUUACAAGUGUUCACACUGUGCCAAGAGAUUCAGUAUAUUAGGAAGCCUGAAAACACAUAAGAGGAUUCACACUGGAGAGAAACCUUACAAGUGUUCACACUGUGACAAGAGAUUCAGACUGUUAGGAAGCCUGAAAACACAUGAGAGAAUUCACACUGGAGAGAAACCUUACACCUGUUCACACUGUGACAAGAGAUUCAGUAUAUUAAGAAGCCUGAAAACACAUGAGAGGAUUCACACUGGAGAGAAACCUUACACCUGUUCACACUGUGACAAGAGAUUCAGUAUAUUAGGAAGCCUGAAAACACAUGAGAGGAUUCACACUGGAGAUAAACCUUACAAGUGUUCACACUGUGCCAAGAGAUUCAGUAUAUUAGGAAGCCUGAAAACACAUGAGAGGAUUCACACUGGAGAGAAACCUUACAAGUGUUCACACUGUGACAAGAGAUUAAGUAAAUUAGGAAACCUGAAAAGACAUGAGAGGACUCACACUGGAGAGAAACCUUACAGGUGUUUACACUGCGACAAGAGAUUCAGUGAUUCAAGGAAUCUGAAAACACAUGAGAGGAUUCACACUGGAGAGAAACCUUACAGGUGUUCACACUGUGCCAAGAGAUUCAGUAUAAUAGGAGGCCUGAAAACACAUGAGAGGACUCACACUGGAGAGAAACCUUAUACAUGUUCACACUGUAACAAGAGAUUCAGUAUAUUAGGAAACCUGAAAAGACAUGAGAGGACUCACACUGGAGAGAAACCUUACAAGUGUUCACACUGUGAAAAGAGAUUCAGUGAUUCAAGGAAUCUGAAAAAACAUGAGAAGAUUCACACUGGAGAGAAACCUUGUAACCUUGAAGGUGUAAGUUCGCCAUAGUCAAAAAAAACUGCAUAUCUGCUUUGUUUCUCUUUAGAUAAUCAAUUCAGACACGUGUUGUGAAAUUAGCUCAGUUUUUGAGUAUUAUGAUCAAUAAUAAUGAGUUAUUAUUAAUUAUGAAAUUGUUAAACAGACUCUAAGAUGGGACAACAGGACAGCCAAACUUCCACAUGUGUUACUUUUCUUUCCACUGAGAGUCUAGUUAAGUUUAGUGUGUCGCGAAGCCAGAAGUCCACAUGACUGCAGUCUUUUGUCGUCUCGAACGUGAAUCUCCAGACUUAACUCCAAGCCUCAAGUGAACAUCGAAUCAACAACAGGCGAACCCAUGCGGGAACCCAGUUUGGCAGAGGCAGUUCUCCACAUCACAGAAGGAACACAGGUCUGAUGGAGAAGUGUGGAAAGAGUUUGGUAUGCAAAAAGACUCGCAUGAGGAUUCACACUGGAGAAAAAGCAUUCACAUGUACAUGUGUGGGAAGAGUUUCAGACAAUCAUCAAUCCAUUAAUUCAAUUCAUUUUUAUUUCUCUAGAUUGUCAAAGCAGAUUAAAAUAAAUUGAGUUCUGGUGAACUGAUACUGCUUCAGUCCAGUUUUCACAGCUGAAGAUCAGUUUAGUGUAAAAUAAAUGUCACUGCUGGAAGCCGAAACUCUGAACAGUAAAGAGUAACUCCACAAGUCCCAAACCAAGCAUGACAGUGGCGAGGAACAAACUUCACCAAUUGACAAAAGAAAAGGAAAAACCUGGAGAAAAAAAAACGGGCUCGACAGGGCAAAACCAGUUCUCUUCUGGCCAAAUGUCUAGUGCAGCCGUGAGGAAAAUUUUUUGUGUUGAGAGGCGCAUCUGUUGAACGGUUUACUAACAGCCGCGAGUGUU